AGGUGUCGGUCCGCUGACUCUGCUCUCACCGCUGCAGGUUGCUGAGGACCGGGGAGAGAGAGAGAGGAACAUGGGCUCAGCUUCCUCCUCCUACCGGGUCAUCUACCUGGACGUGGACGGCAGGAUCCAGAAGGUGGUGUUCAGUAGAUUCUGCAGCUCGUGUGACAUUAAAGAGCUGUUCUGUACAGCGCUCGGUGUGCCAAGGAACACUAAUCUGUCUCUGCUGGACUCGUCUGGAGCCAUGGUGUCCAUCGACCCCACCAUGCCACACAACUCAGAGAGGUCACCAUACAGAUUGGUGCCUACAACUGGAGGACAGCUUGCUGAUAAAGAGGAACUCUUUCAGAAUGUACUGACGCAAGUGGCCGAGCAGUUUUCAAGAGCGUUCAAGAUCAACGAGCUGAAGACCGAAGUCACCAACCGUCUCGCCAUGUUGGAGAAAAGAGUCGAGCUGGAGGGGAUGAAGGUGGUGGAGAUCGAGAAAUGUCGCAACGACAUCAAGAAGCUCCGUGAGGAGAUGGCAUCCAGAAACAACAGUAACUUCCUGGAAGACCAUAAGAAGCUGACUCCUUGCAGAGACGUUAUGUCCUACCCAAAGUACCACCUGUCUAGGGAGACAGUAGAAGCUCUUAGAUUGCCUACGUUCGAUGCUUGGCAGUGGGAGCCCAACGAGAUGCUGACCUGUCUGGAGCACAUGUACCAUGACCUGGGUUUGGUCAAAGACUUCAACAUUAACCCCAUCACACUCAAGAGAUGGCUGCUGUGUAUUCAUGACAACUACAAGAAUAAUCCUUUCCACAACUUCCGCCACUGUUUCUGUGUCACCCAGAUGAUGUACAGCAUGAUCUGCCUCUGCAGCUUACAGGAAAAGUUCACUCAGGUGGACGUUUUGAUUCUCAUGACGGCUGCUGUGUGUCACGAUCUGGAUCACCCUGGAUUCAACAACACGUAUCAGAUUAAUGCCAGGACGGAGUUGGCGGUUCGUUAUAAUGACAUCUCCCCUCUGGAGAAUCACCACUGUGCUGUGGCCUUCCAGAUCUUCUCUCAGCCCGACUGCAACAUCUUCUCACACUUUGACCCCGAAGCCUUCAAACAGAUACGACAGGGAACCAUCACACUCAUCCUCGCCACAGACAUGGCACGACACGGAGAAAUCCUCGAUUCCUUCAAGCAGAAAGUCGACAAUUUUCACUACACGGACGAGGAGCACGUCACCUGUUUGAAGAUGGUGCUGAUUAAGUGCUGUGACAUCUCUAACGAGGUUCGUCCCAUGGAGGUGGCUGAGCCGUGGGUCGACUGUCUGCUGGAGGAGUACUUCAUGCAGAGCGACAGGGAGAAGACUGAGGGACUUCCUGUGGCUCCGUUCAUGGACAGAGAAAAGGUCACCAAGCCGACGGCUCAGAUCGGCUUCAUCAAGUUCGUCCUCAUCCCGAUGUUUGAGACCGUGAUGAAGCUGUUCCCACAGAUCGAGGAGGCGAUGGUUCAGCCGCUCAGAGAGUCCAGGGACCGAUACGAGGAGCUCAAACAGAUCGAUGACGCCAUGAACGAGGUGCAGAAAAAGAAAAGUGAGAACCUGACUAUGGGAAGCAAGAAGAAGUAAAACUUUUUCGAAAAG